AGAACAGCUAACGCAACUUUACGUGGUUUGCUUAGGUUUUUAUUGAAGCAACACCAAUUUCGUCCUGAGUCACAUGAGAACACGUGUGCGGGCUAUGCGACAUUAAACUCAGGCGACUAAUGCUUCACUUCAUCCCCGUGUGUGAACACGACCAGGAGCAGUCUGAGCAUUUAUUUUACUGUGAUUCUGAAUUUGAUAAGGAGGAGUGUUUGUGGUGGGACCUAGUUCAUUUCUGACAUCAUGUCGACAGAUAAAGAGAGUCUUCCCGAAGAGAAUCUACAAGGCUCUUGGGUGGAGCUGCACUUCAAUAACGGAGGUGGAGGAACUCCUAAAGCGGCAGUGGAGGAUCAGGAUCAGAGUUCUGCCCACUCUGGAGACAUGGAGAAGAUGCUGCUGGACGCUCAGCACGAGUCUGGCAGGAGCAGCUCCAGAGGAAGUUUACCUUGUGACAGUCCUCCAAGGCCCCAGACUCCUUUGCACUUGAGCAGAGGCUCAGAGGUCCAGAGCUCAGGAGAGAAAAACAGCUCACAGUCCGAUGAAGACUUUCUGGAGAGAAGAAAAGAGGUCGACAACCUGAUGAAAAACGCGGACUGGAUAUGGGACUGGUCGAGUCGGCCUGAAAACAUCCCACCCAAGGAGUUCUUGCUGAAGCAGCCCAAACGUUCCAGUACCUUGAGCAUCAGGAACACUGGCGUAAUGAAGAAAGGAGGAAUCUUUUCUGCCGAGUUUCUCAAAGUCUUCCUUCCGUCUCUCAUCGUUUCUCACAUCCUCGCUGUGGGGCUCGGCGUGUACAUCGGAAGGCGUAUCACUACAUCCUCCAGCACGUUCUGAGGGAUAUCCCGCGGCCCAGAUCUCGCCGCAGUCACACACUUCGCCACUCACCAUCUCCGCUGCUUUGUCUCCAAUCGAUGCUUCAGUAGAUCCAAGUAGGUCAGGGACGCCUGAGCCGUUUUCGUCAGAGGGUCGUGUGUGCUACGUGAUGUACACGGUCUUCACCCCCUACACACCUCCUCACGUAUUCCUCUGGCUCACACUCUGCUUUUCCCAUCCAGCCUUCACUGGGAGGCCAUUUUAUAGAGUAGCAUUAUCCACCUUCAUCUUACCAUUUCUUGUGCAGAUAUAUAGAAACUGUUUCAAAAGAAAUAUGUGAAUUGUAGAUGUAAGGAAGCAAGGGGGAAAAAAAUAGAAUAUCCAGGAAUUGCUACAUGUAGGAUGUGGUUUUGGCUUAGGCCUUGUAAAUAGAAAUACUUUGGUAAUGAGGUUUUUCCUAAUAGUGCAAAGAAAACUUGUCAUUUGACAAACUGUCAAAGUAAAGAAGGAAAAUGAAAUAAAUGGCAACGUCGGAACAAAUCACAUUUCUCAGCCGCAGGGAAUUAGUUAUAGUUUUUUUUGUUUGAUCGAUUAACUUGCUUCCACAAUCCACUUUAUAAAAUAAUCAAAAAAUAAGCGAGUGUCAUGUGCAGAUGAAAGAAUACUUGAAAAAACGAAUCAAACCAACUGCACUUACAGAUCACAAAAAUCACCUGAGCACAGAGAAGGUGCAAUAUAAAUAUAUACACAAUAGCAACUUCAAAUAUUCAUUUUAGGAGCAUAAAUGUAUUUCUACAACCCAAAAUACACUACACAUGAUUUACCUCAAAUCAAGCAAUCAAGCUGGAGUAGAGUUUUGAGUGGAGCCACGAAACACAGACAAUCUCAGAUACCCUGUUUUGCCCACAUCCUGCGUAUGAUUGUUGUGUAAAGAAGUAACAAGUCAAAAGUCGAUACUCUUCACAAAGCUUAUAGGGAUAUUUAAUGUGAGAUCAUAUAAUCAUUUCGGGUUAACCAGCACUGUGUGUGGGUGCCUGGGAUUUAGUAGUCUAUGUGAAAAAAAGCUGUUCCUACAUCAGGCUUGAAUGAAACAGGUUUGCUUUGAUAUAAGUCAGAAAUUGCAUGAAGACUUAUUAAAACACAGCUGUAGUAUAAACGUAUCAUAAAAGCCAAGUAACCUAUGAACUGGAUUCUAGUCUUUACCACAUUUCCUUGACAUGUGAUUGUUAUGGUACAAGACUUUUUGCUUUGUUAAUUAGGUAAUGCUCAGGUAAGCAUCUUCCAAGGCCCAAAUGUAUUCUGGGUAAAAUGACAGGUACCAAACACAAAAUAAACAGUGUACCUGUUUAUAUUCCCUUAUACACAUACACACACGCAGCGUUAUCAGAUCCUGCUGGUAACAAGAUCAAGUGUUUGGUGUGAACAUUGGUGGUGUGGGACUCGAUAAGGAACGUGGGAACGGCGCGGCAUAGCGGCCAGUCUCAUCGCUUUCCUGCCGUGUAUCUACCCUGGGAUGGAAAGUUCCUGAAUGAGAAACACACCACGAGGAUCACAGGAGUGCGUCAAGUCACUAGUGAGACACGCAUCAAGUGUUGCUGGAAAGAACCACUAAUUGUAACUACUAAUCAUAUUACAUACAAGCACAAAAUAAUCUAUUAUGCAUGUCCUGCACAAAAUGAACACAGGCUCGUUUUCCUUCUUUUUUUCCCCAAAAUGAUUUUUGUAUUUACUCCAAUUGAAAUGUAGAAAUGUCCAGAUCUGAACCUUAAGAUUCAAAGCUGUGAGGUCACUAUAGCUGCUCUGAUGACUUUAUAGUAGAAUAAGGCAAGGAGAAAAAAAAGGGAACUCGAUGUAAUUAUGUGCAUGUUGUGUAGUGUGUAGAAAUGUGACAUCCAUGUGCUUUUUGUAUUUAAAGUGAAAGCCAAUAAAAAUCAAUCUUAGUCCA